CGCACCACACACCCACAAUGCCGAAACCACACCCCCUCCUGCUCCUGCGCAGGCAAUUCAGCACGCGCCCCCUCUCCACGCCCCUGCGCGCGCGCCCGCAAUGCCACCCCCGCACACCCUUCGCGCACCCCCGCCGCGCCGCCCACGGCCCGAGCCCGGGCCUCGACCCAGCCUUCGUCUCGAUCCUCGACCGGCCUGCGAAAAUGGCGCGCGUGGGGAAACAGCACGGCCCGGGUCUGAUAAUCCUCGCGCUCAUCCCGCUCACAGCCUUCGUGCUGGGGUGCUGGCAGGUGCAGCGCCUGGGGUGGAAAACGGAACUGAUCGCGCGGUUCGAAGACCGUUUGACGUUUCCACCCUUAGAACUACCCUUACGAAUCGAUGAAGAUGUGGUGGGAGAUUUCGAGUACCGCCGCGUCUGGGCGCGCGGCGUGCUGCGGCACGAUCUGGAGAUGCUGGUGGGUCCGCGCACGCAGGACGGGGAAGAUGGGUACACGGUCGUCACGCCGCUGGAGCGGGUGGAUGCGCGGGGGAAUGCGACGCGGGUGCUGUGCUGCCGCGGCUGGAUCCGGAAGGACGCCGUGGCGGCGUGGUUCCGGCGCGCGAAUGGGGCGCUGCCGGAGGGCGAGGUCGUGGUCGAGGGGCUGCUGCGGGUGCCGCCCAAGGCGAAUAUGUUUACGCCGGCCAACGAGCCGGAGAAGGGGAAGUGGUUUUUCCCGAGCGUCGAGGAGAUGGCGGCGUGGUCGGGGAGUCAGCGCGUGUGGGUCGAGGAGACGAUGGUGCCGGAUUUGUUGACGAACUACGAGCGCGAGCCCAAGGGGAUUCCGAUUGGGAGGGCGCCGACGGUGAAUCUGAGGAAUAACCACACGCAGUAUAUCUUCACAUGGUACGCGCUGAGCUUCGCCACGUCCAUCAUGUUCUGGAUGGUCGUCAAGAAGCCGCUGUCGGGCACGCAGCGCCGCGUGCGCCACAGCUCCGAGUGGUCGUGAUCACCCCUCCUCCUGUACAGUAGCCAGCCGUUUCCGCUUCUGGCCCUGGCCCUUGAGCUUGGGCUGGGACUCCAUUCUCAACU